AUGGCGGCGAGGUCGGACGUGUUUCGAUUUGCUCUUUUUGUGUUGAUUUUAUUAUGUUAUAUUGCGAAGAGAAAGCUCGUAAAAGAAGGUAAUGGAAUAUUCCCUACCGAAGAUUUCCUGGAAAAGAAGGACAAUUAUGCAUCGUCUAGUUUAUGGAUCACACGAAAGAAAAUAUCCACAAAAGCUGGUAAACACUUAUUCAUACUUAUUUUGUUGUCCAGCGACAUUGAAACACAGCCAGGACCUUUUUUACCUGAACUGAAAAAUCUCCUAUCCAAACGAGGUAUAAAGAUAUUCCAUCUCAAUGUGCGUGGAUUAAUAAAUAAUAUCGAUCAAAUUGGAAUUUUGUUGCAUGAUUUUAAAGAUAUUGAUAUUUUAACUUUAUCUGAAAUUCAUAUUACAAAAGAUUCAUAUAAUGACAACCCGGACCUUUAUCACAUACCGGGCUAUAUUUUUGUAUAUCGUGCCAGAAAAAAAGGCAAAUGCGGCGGUGUAGCCAUGUAUAUAUCGGAUCGAGUUAAGUGGAAACAUCGGACAAAUUUGGAACAUAAUGAGCUAGAAAGUUUAUGGGUGGAAAUUUUUCAAAAAAACGCAAAGAGUUUUUUAGUCGGUACUAUGUAUAGACCACCGGUAGGUUCUAAAUAUCUACCAAGGGAAUUUAAAACUCAUCUUAAUGACUUGUUACAGCUUGUUAUGUCUGAAUCAAAAGAAGUGAACCUUUUGGGAGAUCUGAAUAUUAAUUUCUUAAAGAAAUCAGAUGAUAAAGACAUUAAAGAACUUUUACGUCUUUAUGGAUUGAAACAGCUUAUUGAAAAACCGACCAGAAUUACCGAUAAUACACAAACGCUAAUUGAUUGUAUUCUGACUACUCGAAAUGAUACGACAUACCAAAAUGACGUCAUCCCCAUCGGUAUCAACGAUCACGAUAUGGUCGGUUUCGUCAGAAAAUUAAGAAGAGAUAAGUUACCACAAAAAAUUAUCAAGACUAGGAAUUAUGCCAAGUACUCUAGUGAGCAAAUGGUUGACGAAAUUGGUAAACACGACUGGGGUGAACUUUAUGGAAUGAACGAUGUAAACAUCGCAUGGUCAUAUUUCAAAACAACUCUCACCGCAUUGUUCAACAAACAUGCCCCUAUCAUCGGGAAGACAGUCAAAGGACAAUUUUGUCCGUGGCUUAACAAUGAGAUAUAUAAAUUAAUGAACGAAAGAGAUAAGGCUUUACGAAAAGCGCGAAAAUCAAAAAAGCAAAGCGACUGGAAGGCUUACUGCAAAGUUCGAAACUUAUGUACACGUAAAAUACGAGAAUCGAAGUCCCAAUUUAGUAAAAACUUACUAGCACAGAAUUGUCAUAAUCCAAAGAAAUUUUGGGAUACGAUAAAGAAAAUAAUGCAAACUAAACCACGAAACGUCGUAAGUGAUGCUACAGCAACCAAAUCGAAAGUUGAAUCACUAUGUUUGUUUUUCUCUUCAAUAGCAGCUCGAAAUAAAGAGAAAUCGAUUCCCUUAAAAGAUUUUGUAUGGAAACAACCACAAUGGUCGAAAUUACGAACUACUUCCAUAUUUACCUUCAAAUAUGUAUCGAAAAUAUCGAUCGAAAAAGAACUGAAAAAAUUAAAGAGAAGUAAAGCCACAGGUGUAGACGAUCUUCCACCUGGAUUGCUCAAAGAUUGUUCCAGUCAAAUCGCUGCUCCACUUUGUCACAUAAUAAACUUAUACAAACGGCUAUGA